AUGCCACAGACAGUACCAAGGUCCGGGUUUAGCCCGCCUUCAGCGUCUCAAAGUGAAAGAGCCGUACCAGCCUCACCCUCCGACAUACACCAUCUGUUGCGCCUCCUCGGUGCAGAGUCUCCACCAGAGCCCAUGUUACAUUCCCCACCUACACAUAACAAGCCACCUCCUCCCUAUCCAGAAGAUACUCAAUUAUUAGAGCGUCUUUACGACUUUGAAGCCUAUUCUACACCCUCACCGUCAUCAGACGAAGGAAAUAUUCCCACAGUUGCUCUCCAACCCUCUUCACCUUAUAACUCAUUCCAAUACUCUCCAAUAUUCAUCAAAGAAGAACCAAAUAGGCUCACAGUGCCCGGUUUUGCCUCACCCUAUCCUUUGUCACCUUCAGGCUCCUCCUACAGCAGUUAUAAUCAAUACUCCUCGCCAGUUCCGCAACACGAAGAAUAUAUUGACAUAGAGGAACUAUUGAAAGAGAAUCAAAUACUGCAAGACAGCAUACAACAUCAGUACAUUACGCCGAAAUUAGAAGUCGAAGAGCCAAGAGAUCACGUUUUAUUAAGAUCAGCGCUGGAAGAUACAACAUUCCAAAAGAGGCACAAUUUGAGACCAAUUCCAAUAGAACUAGGAACAGUAAAAAUGGAAGAAAGCAGUGGAGGUGCUGACAACGAUGUUUUGGUGGCACCUGAUAUAGAUCGUAUGCUUUCUAUGGCCAUUGAGCAAUCCAAACGAGAUGUUGACAACACGUGCACAGUUCUGGGCAUAUCACCAGAUCCAAUGCAAUGGAGUGCGAGUGACGUUAAAUCUUGGGUGAUGUUCACGGUCCAACAUUACAACCUACCAAUGGUGCCAACAGAAUAUUUUGCUAUGGAUGGUCCAGCAUUAGUCGCCUUAAGUGAGGAAGAUUUCAACCAAAGAGCACCCCAGGCGGGAAGCACAUUACACGCUCAGUUAGAGAUCUGGAAAGCAGCACGACAUGAUAGUUGGAGGAGUACUCCGUGGGCAGAGCAGGAGCAACCCUCCCCUAAGCCCACGCCAGUUGGUCUUCCUUCUGCUGAAGAUACGAGUGAAGAUGAAGAUUCAGAGUCAGCUGGUACGAGCAUAAGUCAAGGAGGAGGCAAAGUAAAGACAGGCAGUACUCACAUACAUUUAUGGCAAUUUCUCAAAGAAUUGCUGGCGUCACCCCACGUACAUGGAUCGGCUAUACGGUGGUUAGAUCGAAGUAACGGUGUCUUCAAAAUUGAAGAUUCAGUUCGUGUUGCCAGACUGUGGGGGAAGAGAAAGAACCGGCCAGCUAUGAACUACGAUAAACUUUCGAGAAGCAUCAGACAGUACUACAAGAAAGGCAUCAUGAAGAAAACAGAGCGAAGUCAGCGGCUUGUCUACCAAUUCUGCCAUCCUUACUGUUUGUAA